UUGAUAUGCAUUUAUUCACAUGCUUAAAGUAACCUCAGCGUAAGCGCACUUAAAAGAAAAGAUGACGAUGAAAGUUAAACCACUCGCUUGUUCACGUCGUUACACAUUGUAGGGUUAAUAUUAGAUCGUGUUCUCAAAUCUAAUGUCAUUCUUCCCACAUGUAUGUAGGAUCACAGUAAUGCAUUUUUAAGAACUUCACUAAACCAUGAGAGAAUGUGCGUGUUAUGCGUUAUAUGUGUAUCAAAUAAAGGUACUUUUAUUAACAUGCCUGCUCGUGAUCCAACAACAUCUGGUUAGAAAUAGACUGUGGACCAGGCCAAAAAGCACACAGCGAUUGGAAAGUUAGUUUGAAGUUUCAUGAGUUUGUAGCCGCUUUAUAAUCAUAUAGUUUAAAUAAUAUAACUAGGAAAAACACGCCGCUUAAGAGCAUUUAAGACCCUUUUAAAUACGUAAUACUUCUAAUCUUUUUUUCAAAGUAUUUCAGGCUAUCAGUAUGUUUGUCAGGUUGAGAGUAUAGUGGAGGUAGCGUUUGUACAGUAUUUAUUAGAGUUUUGACGCAUGGUGGUUUACAUUCCAUGGUAAUGAUGAUCACUUGUAGAGUGGAGUAUGUCACACAUUUGUAGAAUGAAGUGUUUCAGAAUGUUGGACAGGGUGUUUGAAUUGUGAUGCUGGGGCUAUAUAUUUCAGUGAGCAGAGGAGAGUGGGAGGGGUGAGUAACUCAGAUAACAUUAUCAUUUAAUGUUUCUUUCAAGAGCUUUAAACUAAGGAUACAGUUCCUUUCCAUAAACCAUUGCAGCAAGAGAUAAAGUAACCACCGUAGUCCAUUUGAUUCACUUAAUUGGCUCUGCCAAUCCACCUUCGUUUUGGACCAGAAGAUUGUGCCAGAUUAUGGUGUGCUGGAUUACAGAGGAGAAGCUGAAGCUUGUGACAGUGCUGGGAGCAGGGCUGCUGUGUGGUACUGCUCUGGCUGUUAUCAUACCUGAAGGUGUGCACGUACUUUAUGAGGACAUUUUGGGAGAGAAGCACGAAUCUGUGAGUGAGGGGCAGGAGGUUGAGGCUGGGGAGACUGUGGUCAAGGAUGUCCUGGGGGUUGCAGUGGCGGGGGGACACGAGCACAGCCGGGGACACGAGCACAGCCACGGCCACGACCACGCUCAGCUGCACGCAUACAUCGGGGUCUCACUGGUGCUUGGCUUCGUCUUCAUGCUGCUGGUGGACCAGAUCGGCAGCUCACACGUACACGCCACCGAGGAUCCAGAGGGAGGGAGAGCAGCCAACUCUAAAAUCACCACCACUCUGGGGCUGGUUGUUCACGCUGCAGCGGACGGCGUGGCUCUGGGAGCUGCAGCCUCCACCUCUCAGACCAGUGUUCAGCUCAUCGUGUUCGUCGCCAUCAUGCUGCACAAGGCUCCGGCUGCCUUCGGGCUUGUCUCGUUCCUGAUGCAUGCUGGACUGGAGCGCAAUCGAAUCCGGAGGCACUUGCUGGUGUUCGCCCUGGCAGCCCCAGUGCUCUCCAUGCUCACAUACCUGGGACUUAGUCAGAGCAGUAAGGAGGCUCUCUCAGAGGUCAAUGCCACUGGAGUGGCCAUGCUGUUUUCUGCCGGCACCUUCCUGUAUGUCGCCACGGUGCAUGUGCUGCCUGAGGUGGGCGGGACUGGGCACAGCCACGCCUCCAAUGGCAAUGGGGGAAAGGGACUGAGCAGAGUGGAGGUCACCACCCUGGUGGUGGGAUGUCUCAUUCCACUGGUGCUCUCGAUAGGGCACCAACAUUAAAACAGGGCUAUUAUUAAUGAUAACAGGACUGAGCUUUUUGAGGGUCACAAUGCCUCUCCUGCAGAGGCAAGACCUAACACAAAAGGAAUGUAUACAAAACAAUGUGUAGAUAGUAUAAACAGAAUGAGAUUCAGUAACAAUAAAAAUCUUUCUGUAAAUCAAGAGGGGGGAUAAAAAGCACUUUCUCAGGGUGCGUGGGGUGUCCUGUUGUGGGAACAGAACAUUUUAAUUAUGUGGGCUUUUUUUUUUUUUUACCUUGUUUGAUAAUAGGGUUAAAAAAGGGGGAAGCUGUGCAAAUGUUUUUUUAUGGUGAAUGUGAGGGUGGUAUUAGAAAUGUUCUACUUAAGGGAUCAUUUUGCAAAUCUAUCUAUUUAAACCCAGAACCUAUAGAACUUAAUCGAAAAUCCUUUGAUAUACAGUAUGCUGGGGCUUACAUAGUCAAGUAUGGCAAAAGGUUUUUUGUGUUCUGUAUAUAUCUGUGGAACCGUGCUGUUAUUGAUAUGAAGAAUGGCCCAAAAGUGUUUAUAAACUAGCCAAAUCGACAUUGUACAGUCCACUCCGAUUUUGACUGAAGCUGGUGUUUUAUUCUAAUAAAUGAACUGACUGUCUGACUGA